UAUUUUCACUUGCACAUUUUUUUCUUAAAUUGAGGCUUUCACCACAGGCGGCAGCUACGUUGGCAAUAUAUGGUCAAUCUUCCCUACAAGACAAAAAUAAUAAAAAAUGUUAGCUACACAAAAAAUGAUUGAAACAUGAUCAACUCCACACAAAAAAUCCCAAUACUGUAUAUAGACAAUUUGAUGGGCUUAAAUCACGAGUGCGAAACAGUGGCUCCAGCUCUUUUUGGAGCUGUAUAAAAAAAGAGCCAAUGACAUUUAAAACUGCGCUAGAGAAAAGAACGGACAUCAUCAUAAAACAGACAGCACACCUUAGUUGGAACCCUUGUAUCCUCAGAGUACCGCCACAAUGGCCGACGCCCUUCCAAUGAAACCUGAAUACGAAUACCAAACAGUCGAAGAAACUGCAGAUCCAGAGAAGGACAUUCAUAGUACGGCUCACCAUAAUGGAGAGGAUCGCACAAAAUUGAAGCACCCACCUAUGGCCGAAGCCCUUCCAAUGCAACCUGAAUACGAAAUCCAAGAAAUACCAGAAACAGCACAUCAAGAAAAAUACAUUCAGUGUUCAGCCGACCGUAAUGGAGAGGAUUACUCAAAACCAAAACGCCCACCUAGGUCUGAGAGAAAAAGGCAGCGCCAUGCGGAGAUGAUACAGCGACAGAAGGAGAUGAGGAAGAGAAAAAAACUAGAAAGAAAAGAACGGAUCAGAGAACAGGGACAAGAUGCAGGUUCAGAACCAUCCCUGUCUCGGGAAGAAAUGAGAAAACGGUGCGAGGAAGGCAUGAAGACUGGCCAGAUCAUUUGUAUAGACUGCAGUCUGGAACAACAUAUGAGCGAUAAGGAGAAGGGGAAAUUGGCGAUGCAAGUUGGCCGUCUGUAUGGCUCUAAUAGAAGGGUAGAUAACCCAGCCCAUAUUUACCUGACUGGAGUUAAUAAAGGGGGACAACUCUACUCAGAGCUGGUGAAGAAGAAUUCAGGGUUUGAGAAUUAUCUGAUUGAAGUUGAGGAAAAAUCCCACAUAGAGUUGUUUCCCUUAGAAAGAGUUGUCUACCUUAGCCCUGACUCUAACAAUCUGCUGGAGGAUGUUGAUCCAGGCAAAAUCUAUGUCAUUGGAGGCUUGGUUGAUGAAAGUGUGAAAAAGCACAUCACCCUGUCCCAAGCAGAGGGUGCAGCUGUUACAACAGCCAGACUGCCCAUAGUGGAGAACAUGGUUAGAACAGAAGUGGAUAGCCCCUCCCAAGUUCUUGCUGUUAAUCAGGUGUUUGACAUCCUAAUCAACUACUCUCACACCAAAGACUGGAAAAAUGCUUUAGCUGUCGGUGUGCCCAGAAGAAAAGGAUUCAUUGUGGAAAAUGGCAGUUGACGGGAUAUUUUGAACUGACAGCAUUAUUUAGACAAAUACAAUUUCCAGUAGAG